AGCACAACGUGCGCGGCGGCCGGCGGCACAGAAGACACCGAUCGAGAUGUCUCGGUACGCGGAGAUGCUGGACAUGGGCGUGCGCGUCGCGGCGAGGUUCCACUCGCACUGCCCGCAGACGGCGCGCAUGUACUACAAGCCACCGCAGACCCAGGCGGCGACGUCGUCCUCCUCCUCGGCCGGCGACGACGCCAGGGCCAAACGGAGCUCCGGCGGUCUCCGUGCGGAUGCUGGCGCCGGCGGCCGCUCGGCGGGGUCCCAGUUGCACGACGCCGACGCCGCGCAGGCCGUCGUGUACGAGGUUAUCUGAGGAGAGAUUCUGCUGCGACAAGUUUUGGGAAAACCUGCAGUACAUGAUACGUGUAGUAUAGACAUACGCUCGAUUCUUCGACGGCUUGGACUUGGAAUGGAACUUGGAAUCGAUCAAGUCCGUGAAAAGAUCACUCUAAUGAUAUGAUGACGAUGGGUGUUCUAUUCUUUGGUUCAUCGUAGAAUUCGACUAUUAUACUGGACGAAAUUGCAAUGGUGACUCGAGAUUAGAAGUGA